AUGACUAUUAAACUGGUGGUGGGUGAGUGUACUUUAAAUGUCGUUAGCGCGUACGCGCCGCAAGCAAGCUUGGAUGAGAAGAUUAAAAGGUGCUUUUGGGAGGGGUUGGAUGACAUCGUUCGUAAUAUUCCUCCUUCCGAGAGUUUAUUCAUAGGAGGAGAUUUCAAUGGUCAUAUUGGGUCGUCUACAGGUGGUUAUACUAAGGUGCAUGGCGGCUUUAGUUUUGGAGAGCGGAACGGAGGGGGCACUUCGCUGUUGGACUUUUCCAAGGCAUUCGAUCUAGUGAUUGCGAACUCAAGUUUUCCGAAGUGGGAGGAGCAUUUGAAUCAUCUAGUUAUAACUACCAUGACUAUACAUAAUUCCAUCAGACGAUAUUCUUCUACCGAUAAGGAAUUCAACUAUGAUGCUAAUGAAGAUAUUACUGCAAAAAUUGAGGAAGGAGGCGAGUCUUUUGAUAUUCCUUUAGAAAUGCAAGGCAAGUCUACUGCUAAUAUAGAGGCAUUGUGUGAUAGAAGCAGAGAUGAAAUUGUUGGAAAAUAUUAUCAUGUGUGA